AUGCAUACAGUUUUUCGAAUUGGUGACGUCCGAAAAAUUGACAAGAAAAGUCCACUUUAUGAAGUGGGCCUUAAACUUACGGCAGAUGAUGAUCAACAACUACGUCGAUUAACCGAUCGUAUACGACAAGAAACAUCGGGCAGCACUGGAUGGUAUCGAUUGGGUCAAUUGCUGCUAAAAAUAGGUCAAUUCGACAAGGCCGAAGAAUUGUAUACCGCAUUACUAGAACAGGCAUCGUACGACAGUGAUAACGCAUAUCUUUAUCAUCAACUUGGAUGCUUGAAAGAUAACCAAGGACAAUACAAAGAAGCAGCAUCAUAUUAUGAGACAUCUCUCAAAAUUAAACGAAAAACUCUCCCGCAAGAUCAUCCUUCACUAGCUGCUACCUACAACAACAUCGGUCUCGCAUAUAACUACUUGGGUGAGUACCCGAAAGCACUUGAAUUUUACGAAAAAGCACAUAAAAUAAAAGAAAAGGCUCUGCCUCCAAAUCAUCCUGAUUUGGCUAUUUCCUACAACAACAUCGGUGCAGUGUAUAACAACAUGGGUGACUACUCGAAAGCACUUGAAUUUCACGAAAAAGCACUUAAAAUAAGAGAAAAAACUCUGCCUCCGAAUCAUCCCGAUUUAGCUACUUCCUAUGCAUGGAUCGGUGCAGUAACUAACGACAUGGGCGACUACUCGAAAGCACUUGAAUUUUACGAAAAAGCACAUAAAAUAAAAGAAAAAGCUCUGCCUCCGAAUCAUCCUGAUUUAGCUCAAUCCUACAACAACAGCGGUGCAGCAUAUAACGACAUGGGUGAUUACUCGAAAGCACUUGAAUCUCACAAAAAAUCCCUUGAAAUAAGACGAACAUCUCUGCCUCCGAAUCAUCCAAAGUUGGCUUAUCCAUACAAAUGGUUCGGAAAGAUUUAUCGCGGUAUGAAAGAUUACCCAAGAGCACUUGAGAAUUUCGAAAAGUGUCUCUCAAUACGUCAAAAGGCCUUACCUAAAAAUCAUCCAGAUAAAGCUACUACAUACAGUGACAUUGGUGAUGUUCAUCGAUUAAUGGGAGAUUAUGAAAAGGCAUUGUUAUUUCAUCGAAAAGCAUUAAAAAUUCAAGAAAAUGUUCAAUGUAAUCUUUUAGAUUGUGCAACAACACAUAUAAAUUUAGGUGAAACUUAUCGAGAAAUGAAAGAUUAUGCAACAGCAUUGACAUAUUUUCAAAAAGGAUUAGAAAUACGUCAGAAGAAAUUACCAAAAAAUCAUCCUGAUUUAGCUGUUCGUGAAGGUUUAUUUCUCAUAUUAUCCUUUCAAUGUUCGACAUGUAAAAACAUCGUCACCGUUGAAACAAGUCCAAAAAUUGUUGCAUCUGAUCGACGAGAUAUCAAUGUUCGAGCACAAAUAGGCGGUCAUUUAUGUGGUGUUAGACAUGCUGGAUUAGUAAAAUUGAUGGGUGCUAUGAAUUUACCAAGUCCCAUUCGAGAUGAAACAUAUUCCAAAUGGGAUAGAAAUUUACUACAGGUGGUAAAAAAAUUUUCUGAACGAUCUAUGAAAAAAGCUGUGGAAGAAACUGCUGCUGCUCAAAAUAGUAGAGAGUUAACCAUUAGUGGUGAUGGAUUUUGGCAGACCCGAGGUUUUCAAAGUAGACAUGGUGCAGCAGCUGUUUUAUCUUGCCACACAACACCAAAAGUUUUGGAUUUAGAACAAUCUGAUCCAGCUAAAUAUGAUAGUAUUAUUAAAUCACAUCGAUGCGAAAAAAAUUACGAUAAAAGCUCUGGCACGAUGGAAUCUGCUGCUAUAUUGAAGAUAUUCCAAAGAUCAGUUGCAAAGUAUGGAGUUUACUAUACUAAGUACAUUGGUGAUGGUGAUUCAAAAACCUUCCCAAUGCUUUUUAAUAAGGCACCUUAUCCAGGAAAAGUAAUCGAAAAAAUUGAAGACUUAAAUCACUUUAGUACAAGAAUGAAACGAGGAUUAGAAACAAUCAAACGCGACUAUCGUGGAAAAAAAUUGUCCGAUGGUAAAACAAUUGGUGGUCAAAAUCGUCUGUCAGGAGAUAUUUUAAAUGAUAUGUGCGGUUAUCGUGGUUAUUAUACUGAUCAAGCCAUGAUACAUUUCGAUAACAGCCGACUGCACACAGAAUCAAAAGAAAACAACAGAAAAAGAAGAAAAGAAAAUAGUCGUCCUUUGGUUCAAAACGAUGAAAAAGAACAGGACAAUGAUGCAACAUUUGAUGAUAUUGAUCAAACAAAUGAUGAUUAUGAUAAUACAGAUCCUGUAGCUGAAGCAACACCUGAAGAUAAUCAUUCAACAAGUGACAGUGAAGAACAAGAAACUGAUGACAAUAAGACGACUUCCAGCGAUGAUGAUGCAUUAGAUGGUGAUGAUUAUGGUUAUUACAAUCCCAAAGAUAAGAGACAAUGGACAAAAGAAGAGUAA